AUGAACCCCGCAGUGCCCACUCUCGAGCUCACUCCGAUUGAGAGUACCCUACGAACUCUCCUCCUAGAUGUCGCAACCUAUAUAAGGGAAAAGAGAUCGUCUGAGGGAGUUGAGGAUAACCCCGAGAUUGUCUUGCGUUUCACAGGAGGCUGGGUUAGGGACAAGCUGCUCGGAGUCGGGAGUCAUGACAUCGAUGUGGGAAUUAGCAGUAUGACUGGGUUCCAGUUUGGCAUGGCUCUGAAGGAGUACCUGGAUGUUCCGGAACGGCUGGAAAAGUACAAAAAGAGCCUCCCAGAUGGAGAAAUGCAUGAUGCGAUUGUGAGCCUUCACAAGAUCGAGGCCAACCCGGAAAAGUCGAAGCACCUGGAGACCGUCACCACGAGAAUUUUCGGUCUCGAUAUUGAUUUAGUGAAUCUACGGAAAGAGACAUACUCAGACGACAGUCGCAACCCCCAGAUGGAGUUCGGUACUGCAGUUGAGGAUGCUUUGAGGCGGGAUGCCACUAUCAAUGCGCUUUUCUACAACCUAAAUGAGUCGCAGCUUGAGGAUUUUACUGAACGGGGUUUGGACGACAUGAAGAAAGGCACCAUUCGAUGCCCCAUGGAGCCAUAUCAAACCUUUAAAGACGACCCAUUACGCGUGCUUCGAUUGAUUCGGUUUGCAAGCAGACUGGGAUACCAAAUCGACCCCGAAACAGAAGCCGCUAUGCAAAUCGAAGAUAUUGGCGAGGCACUAAAACUGAAAAUUAGCAAAGAGCGUGUAGGCACUGAGCUUGAAAAGAUGUUGCGUGGACCUGACCCCCGCGGCGCAUUGGAGUUUAUCGACCGCCUCAAGCUAUAUCCAACAAUCUUGGCUAAUCACCAGGAUGAAGUCAAGGCUGAUACAUCGACAUGGUCUCUCGCAUACAACACGCUGGCACGGUUGUUGCGUCCAAAGCCCGAGGACGGCGAAAAGCUCCAGGCCGCUGCGAAGCGUGUUCGUGAUAUCAUCAUCAGCCACGAAACUAGCUACUACGCAUGGAUGGUCGCUACUUUUGCCCCUUGGACCUCAAUUCCAGGCCGCACGGCCAGUGGUCCCAAACCGAAGCCAAUCACCCCGCGAGCAGUUGAGGUUGGAAGAGACAGUCUUCGCACCGAUAACAAGACGCUCAAUGUACUUCGCGCUGCGUCUUUGCAUUUCGACGAAAUCAUUACGACCAAAACCGCACUUCUUGCCAAUGAAUUGAGUGGGACCCCUGCAGAAAUCCGACAGCGCAUUGGAUUGCAAAUUCGCUCGUGGAACAAGGACUGGAAACUCUGCAUUAUCCUGGCUAUUAUGCAAGAAGUCAUGAGGAAACGUGACUUUGCAGACGUGGUUGCCGAGUACGACCAGUUCCUUUUAUACAUCGUAGAAAACGAUCUGGAGGAUGUGUGCGACCUCCGACCGAUUGUAAAUGGCGAUGAAAUUAUGAAUAGCUUGCGAACCAAAAAAGGACCGUGGAUGAGCAAAGCAGUUAAUAUGGCACUUGAAUGGCAGUUGCUGCAUCGUGAUGCCGACAAGGAACAAGUGUUGGCAGAGAUCGCGGGUCGACGAGCGGAAUUGGGGUUGUGA